AAGGGUUAUUGAGAAAUUUACAGGAUAUAAGUUGAUUGGUGACCGGUAGAUAAAAUUGAGAAAUCUUGAGUUUAGCUUGUGCCUUUGACUGUCCAUCUGUGCGUGGGGGGAAUAAACAUACGGAUUUGACAACUCUGUUUUGCUUAUCUGUCAUUGUCAGGUCUUCGUCACUCAUAUUUGUUCAUUCGGAGUUGGUUGUGUUGUGGAAGGUUGCGUAUAAUGUUAGGUUAUCCAAAUGAUAAAGAUGAAUCAUUAUUAUUAUUGGAUAUGAUUGUUUAGAAAACAGUGUGAUUAUGUUAGACUGUCAUGAGUUGGUAAUUACCCAGCUUCAGUUAUAUCAGGUGUAAUGUUUACGAUUUGACACGUUCCAUCAUAAAGUAAAAAUAUUUUGGAAAACACCGAUGGUGUUGACUUUGAGUGAGGUUAUUGUUUUUCAAAGUGUUAUUUUUAUAAGUAAUUAUUAAUUAACUUGAGGUUUAAUUAUCUUCGUCAUUAUAGUUUUUUAACUCAUAUACAUAUUUAUUAGGAAUAGGCUAUGGCGUGUUUCCUUCUUAAUAAAAACAACAUAAACAUAACCAUCCCAAAAGUAGAAGAAAUUGAUAAAGUUUCGUUUUAUGAAAUUUUAGUUCAGGUUGGAACUGUGUCUUGGAAAGUUACACACCGUUAUAGUGAUUUUGUAAACUUACAUGACAAAUUAGUGAUAGACCAUUGUGUAAAUAAAGAAAUUUUACCGCCGAAGAAAAUUAUAGGGAAGAGAGAUCCUGCUUUUGUGGAGAAAAGGAGGACUGGAUUAGAAUGUUAUUUGAGGUCAGUUAUAACAUUUCUCAAAGAAACAAUGCCAAGGACUUUGGCCGAAUUUUUAGAUUUUCACAAAUAUGACAUUUUAUUUCUUCUACAAGAUAUGUCCUCUUCAUUUUUAAGAGAAGGAGACUUCAUCUUACUUCAAUCCAAAAAUUAUAAAUUUAAUCCUCUGCAGUUGCACGCAAUUAGUGAAAGAUUAAAACAGCCAUGCCCUCCUGCUGAGAUGUUUGACAAGUGCUAUGAUUUUAGUCACGUACUCGAUUUCUGCAGUCAGCUAGUCACAGUAGAAGUGGAAGGUUCAUGGGAUCCAGUGGGUACCAGUGAUAUCAUACCUAACAAUUGUGCCUUUGAGCUUUCUGUAUUAAAAGACGUGAAGGAACUAACUCUGACAAGAGUGGCAGUCAAGAAAUUAUACCAUGCGGGGACUCUGAGACAGACACUCAGGAGACUAGUCGUCUCACAGUGUGGACUCGAAUCAGUCUCGGACAUGCUGCUGUGUGAUGCUGUGCACAAGCACUUUGAUAACAAUAUACCAGAGGACAGAAUAUGGCAGAAACUCGAAGAGGUUGACUUCAGCCAAAAUAGAAUCAAGCAAUUUUGUAACACUGUGCUUCUGAUGCCUAAUAUCAAACAACUGACAGCUAAUGAGAAUCAGAUAACACAAGUGGAUGAUUUUACGCAAUUGUCUUCUCUUACUCAUUUGUAUCUGUCAGGGAAUUCUAUCUCCUGCACAAACGAUCUGCAUCUCCGUCUUAACAAUAUAGUACAUCUUGACCUGUCCCAGAAUCUGAUCACUUCACUUGUAGGCUUCUCCCAGCUGAGCACUUUGCAGGGUCUGGACCUGGGCUCCAACAUCAUUUCUCAAAUCAGUGAGGUGCAGCACAUUCAGAAUUUGGCCCAGCUGGACUAUCUGGUAUUGACAGGAAAUCCUGUAUCCACCGUGGUUGACUACAGGAUUAAGGUGCUUGAACACUUUGGCCGACGAGCUGCUUGCAUCUGCCUGGACAACGAGAAACCAUCACAGAAGGAACUUGACACUGUUGCUGUCAUGUUAGCAUUGAAAGUGGUCAAGGAGGGCAAGGCUCCUGUUUUCUCCAGGACAACAGAACCAACAUAUCCUAACUCACCUCAAUAACAAAUACUUAUAUUCAAUGGUUUGCAAUCAUGUGGAUUCUUCAGUGGGUCUCUAUAAUAAUAAAGCAGCCGUUUCAUAUCAUAACUCACCUCAAUAACAAAUACUUAUAUUCAAUGGUUUGCAAUCAUGUGGAUUCUUCAGUGGGUCUCUAUAAUAAUAAAGCAGCCGUUUCAUAUCCUAACUCACCUCAAUAACAAAUACCUAUAUAUAUUCAAUGGUUUGCAAUCAUGUGGAUUCUUCAGUGGGUCUCUAUAAUAAUAAAGCAGCCGUUUCAUACACAGUUUAUUAUUUUUAAUAUGCAGACUGUAAAAUAUAUAUUAUUUGUACAUAGUGUAUCUAUUUAAAAUACAAAAUUGUAUUAUUUUCUACACUGAUGUAAAUGUAAUUUAGUAUAAAAUUAUUUUAGUAUGAUUUAUAUUUCAAUCCAUAUGUUUGUAAUAAUAAAUACAAAAUUGUUAAUUUUAAUUUGCUAUUUUUUGAACUAGCAUUUAAAAUACAUUUUGCUUAUGUAUUGCAUGUAUUUGUAGUACCAGUAUUUUUUAUUUGUCAUUAAUAGUUUUAUAAAUUCAUCUCUUAUAUUACUUAUAAUUUAUUUAGAACUUAAUUAACUAAUUAUUCUUUAAUUAUGAUUUUUAGCACAUGCAGUGUGUGAAUAUUCUUCCAUGUAAAUAUUUACUUGUAUUUUGUUUUGCAUUACAUUUCAUUUUUGUCUAUACUAACACUUUUACUGUGAUACUGUAACCAAAUUCAGAUUAUGUGCUAUGUUUUGAUAUGAUCUAAUGUAGAGCACCAUGGGGUGUUCUUUCACGGUCAGUAUGUUAACAUAUGUAAGUUUUUUAUCUAUAAUUAAUAGUAGCAAAUCAGUUUUUAAAUAUUAAAACAAUUAUAUCACUAUUUUGUUUGUCUAUAUUAUGUGUCUUGCUUGUUUCUUAAUAAAAAAAAUAGUAUCAAUAAAUAUAAUAUCAAGAAAUUAAAAUGUAAUCCUGAAUUUUGAAGUUUGCUAUAGAGAUAAAAUUUGUUAGAUUAAUCCAAUUGAAUUAAAAUAAAGUGUUUCCACUCUUA